AUGUCCUCCCUCUCCAAUGGCGUCGCCAUCCGCUCGAGCCACGAAAACCACGCCGUGACGGGAACCCAAGCGACGCCGCCAGCCGCGCCGACCGUCCAAGAUGCCAGCAACGCCGAGCAGCUGCGCGCCGCGCUGGCGGCCCUCCACGAGCGCGAAACCGCAAUAACCGCACGGCUCGAUGCCCUAGUUGCCUCGCAGGCCGACCUGUCCCGCGACCUCGGCCGGCUGGACCUGUUGCGUGCCGGGCUCGGCGCGCAGGUCAUCGCUGCGCGGUCCGUCGGCAACGAGAUGCUCUCCUCUGCGUCCGAGACGGCGGGUCGGCUGAGCGGGCGAGUCAAGCAGCUGGACCUGGAGAAGAGCCGCGUCGAGGACACGCUGGGCGUGGUGGAGCAGGUGGCCGAGCUCAAGGCCUGCGUCAACGGCGUCGUGGGCUCCAUGGGCGCGCCGCAGGACUGGGAGGCUGCCGCGGGCUACCUGUCGAGAGCCAGCAAGGUGCCCGAGGAGAUUGCGCGCGGCGCUUUUGCAGCCAGCAUAGUGCCGAGCGUCGAGGUGCCGGACCCGCCGUGGGUGACGCUCGAGGGCGCGAGGGAGAGCUUGUGCGGCCUGUUCCUCCGCGAGUUCGACAAGGCGGCGAGCGACGGCGACGGCACAAAGGUCACACGUUUCUUCAAGCUUUUCCCCCUUAUCGGGAGGGCAGACGUGGGAUUGGACGUGUACGGGCGGUACGUCUGUCAGGGCGUGGCCGGCACCGCUCGGGCGACGCUCAAGGACAGCAUCGGCGGGAACAACCGCAAGGAGGGCUUCUUCUACGCCAAUGCCCUGACCAAGCUGUUUGAGCACAUUGCCCAGAUUGUCGAGGGCCACGGCGGACUCGUGGAGAGACACUACGGCACUGGCAAGAUGGUUCGGGUCAUCGAGCGGCUACAGAUGGAGGCGGACGUUCAGGGCGGCAUCAUUCUCGACACGUGGAGCGAUGAGCGUGGCGUGGAUAGGAAGCUGACCGACGUCAAGAGCUACCCCUUUUCGUUCCUGGUGCAGAGCUUCCUGCCUCAGCCGCCGCGCGGCGGGACACCUAGGGUCAACUCGCCGGCGGUCGGCGCUGGCAACAACCCUCGGAACAGCGAGGACGAGGGGGUGAACAUGAAGGAGGUGGAUGGGCUGCUCAGCGAGAUUGCCGUCAUGCUCGGGCGGUGGUCGUUGUAUACACGGUUUCUGUCGGGCAAGUGCAUGGUAAGUUCAGUCGCAGGCGGAUUGCAGCAAAGACAUACUGACGGGCGUCAGGAACCGGGGACCGAAGACAACACGUUGGUCAUCCCCGACUUGCUGGUCAAGUCCAACCUCUACCGCAAGGUCUCGUCCAAGCUGUCCUCUCCUUACAACGUCAUGACCACUUUCUUCUUCCGCCGGUCAGUCGAGAAGGCGUUCCAACUAGACGAAUACCCGAGCGGGCUAUCGCUCAGCUUGAACAAACAUCUCGAAGGAAAUGCGCCCUACAUAAUCUUGGCGGUCGACGAUGUUAUGUACAUUGCCAACACUUUUAUACAAAAAACGCUGUCCACGUCGCAACGAGACGUCAUCACGGCGGUUUUGCCCACCGUCGGUCGCGUGCUGGAAUCAGACUUUGUCGGCAUGAUGCAGCGCAAGAUGCGAGACGAGUCGUACCCCAAGGCCAUCAUCCAGGGAGGGUUCCCGCCGGAGGAUAAGAUUAUACAGUUCAUCGUUCUCAUCAACAGUCUGGACGUGGCCAACGAGUACCUGCAGAGGAUCAUCGGCGGGCGGAUAGUGCCCGCUGAAGGUCAGGCCGGGGCGGUCACGCUACAUCCAUCGCUCAAGGACUCUUUUCCGUUUGAUCGGGACGUUGGGUUGGUUGCCAAGGCGCUGCAGACGCUGGAGACGGCGGUGGUGUCCAAGUCGACGGAGCUGCUGAACGAGGGCAUCCAGGUGUUGUUCAACCAGGUAGUCAAGGCACGACUGCGGCCUGUGCUGAGCGACACAUUCCGGGACGCCGACUACACGCUGACAGAAGAGGAGCUGUCCGAGAUGGCACAGCAAAACGACGAGACAGAGGAGGACUUGAUGGACCAGGUGCGGCGGCGGUUCGAGCACGGCUGGGACCAGCUGAUGAAAGCGCUCGCGCGGUUGAUGACCUCGGGCACUUACAGUCACCUACUGGACCUCACGGCACGAUACCUUUCCAGAGUGCUGGAGAAGCGUAUCCUCAGCUACGGGGGCAAGACGACAGGAUUCGGAGCAGUCCGCAUGGAGAGGGACUUUACGGGCAUCGUCGACACGGUGUCGCGGGGAGACUACGUGGUGAGGGAGGCGUUUGCGCGGGUGACGCAGCUCCUAAUGGUGGCCAACAUGGAGGACGAUGAGUGGGAGGAGCUGCAGGCCGAAGGCGAGGGCGAGGGCGAGAGCGGGAUCGAGUGGGUGCUUAGCGAGGAGGAGAGGAGGAGAGCACGCAGCCUCGUGGGGUGA